GCUCCCACCGCCCUGCUCCCCGGAGGCAGGUCCGGGGCCAAGCGCUCGGGGAGUGGAAACAAGGCGCUGCCCUGUCGAGCUGCAGGGUAGAGCACGGCAGGGCCGCGGAGGAAAAACAGCAAGCAACCAGGACUUUGCACCCUCCAGGAAAGGGUGCUGGAGGCUAGUCCGUGUGAUCGGCUGGACGUGCCGGGGGGAGGCUUGGAUCCAUCCGUGUGUCAGCAGCACCCCCAAUCGGGGUGCCCUCCUAGACGCGAGUGCUGCGGAGGUGCAGCCCAAAUCCCGGUGCCCGGUUGCAAGGGGGUCCCAGGCGGAAAGCUCGGCGUGGCGCGGCGCCCGCCACCCCCCACCGGGAAGAUGCCCAUCCUGAAGCAGCUCGUGUCGAACUCGGCCCACUCCAAGCGCCGCUCGCGCGCGGACCUGACGGCCGAGAUGAUCAGCGCGCCGCUGGGUGACUUCCGCCACACCAUGCACGUCGGCAGGGCCGGGGACGCCUUCGGCGACACCUCCUUCCUCAACAGCAAGGCCGGGGAGCCCGAGCCCCCCGAGGAGCCGGGCGCCUCCAAGCCGGGCCUGCUGUCCCGCCGCUUCCGCAGCAGCAAGCGGUCGCAGUCGGUGACGCGCACGGACCGGCGGGACAUGCUGGGCUCGCUGCGGGACUCGGCGCUGUUCGUGAAGAACGCCGUGUCCCUGCCGCAGCUCAACGAGAAGGAGGCCGACAAGAGCGCCGGGAAGCUGCCCAAAAGCCUCUCGUCCAGCCCGGUCAAGAAGCCCCUCGAGGAGAAGCCCCCGGAGGAGAAGCAGCAUCCCAACGGGGCAGCCGCCCGGCCCCAGAGCCCUGGCCUGGACGAGCGGGACUUCGGGGACAUCACCGAGCUGCCGGUUGUGGUGUCCAAGAACAGCACGGGCAUGAAGCACGCUGAGUCCAUCCUGUCCUUCCACAUCGACCUGGGGCCCUCCAUGCUGGGCGACGUCCUGAGCAUCAUGGACAAGGAUCCGUGGGAGCAGGAGGAAGACUCCGGCGCCGAGGAGCCCCCCUGGGGCACGGGCUCCCCCCAGGCCCUCCGGCUCGGCCAGGAAGGGAAAGCCCUGCCGGAUUCCCCGCUGACGGCGCCGGCCCGCCAGCACGAGAGCAGGGCCACGGCUUGCAGCCCUGGUUCGUCUCGCAGCCACGUCAGCAGGGACAGCAGCUCGGUUUCCAGCUGUGCUUCGGGGGCACUGGAAGAAGGCAGCCCGGUCCCCGGCGCCCGCAGCCCGCGGGUCCCCGAGGGCACCCGAGCUGGGCCCCCGAAACGGCCCGACAGAGAGCUCUCGUUCAUGGAUGAGGAGGAGGACGAGAUCCGCGUGUGAAGCAGGCGGCUGGCUCUGGGGAGGACGGGGCGGGCUUGGGUGUGCACCCGCUCGAACCCAAGAAGGGAUAACCUAAAACGGACUGUGUAGGAACAAGCCGCGGUGGGAAAGACUCGACUCCUCCAUCCCUCUUUCCUUCCCCGCCGUCUGCUCUCCCACGUGCCCCUGCUCCCCACGGACAUGCUGGACCUGGCGGCCAGGAGGAGGGGACGGAGCUGCUCCUGAGGCUGCCGGGGGCAAGGAAAAGACGGAGGAUCAUCUCCGAGUGCCUCGUUCUGCUGAGCCGUUCGUCCGCAGGAGCCGUGAGCGUCCUCUCGCCUCUCUGGAGAAGACUGCUAUUCUCCCCCAAGAAGCGACCUCUGGCACGUCCAUCCAGGGGUGAAGACUUUUUUUUUCUUUUCCUCCUUUUUUCUUUUAAAUUAGGACUUUCGUAUGAACCGGAUCUACUGCCCACGUAAAGCAAUAGCGUCGAAUGACCAGGACCAAGCUGUAAUGUUCCAGGCCCCGUUAGUCCUAUGUGGGUAUAAUUUCCCCCUCUCUGUUUUUAUUGAUCUCCGGUUUGUAUUUGUCAUGUUCUUUUUUUUUCCCCCCCCCUUUUAUAACCGGGGAGGAGAUUGCAGAUGGCACAGACUGGGCAUGGGAAGCCAUGGGGGCACACAGGAGUGUCAAAAACCCCAGGACCUGAGGGCUCAUUUGGCCAGCGCCCUGGGACCCCUCACCACUUGCAGCAGGGGAUGGGGCUGGGGGCUCCGACUUUUUAGCAUUGCUUGUGGCUGUUGGGGUCCUGGCACAUCUCGCCCUGUGGCUACAUGGGCAGGUCUGAGAAGGGAACCCUGGUAGCUUGGGUGAAGAGGUGCACACAGAUGGCUGGUUUCUUGCUGCCCCCAACACCUCUGCAGCAAUCAAACCCUCCCAUCCCCGGUCCCUUUGUGCCUCGGGCCAUGCCUGCUACCUGCGUUCGCGGAGGCAGCUGCGCUGUGCGGGGCCGGACCUGGCAGGAAGGGAGCAGGGAUGAAGAUGGGGUGGGGGGGGAAUAAGGGCUCCGGCUCUUAAGUUUUUUGUUUUUAAAGCACAAGGGGGUGGGCUGUCUUGCAAGCAACGGGAGCCUGGCAUGCAGGGGUGCAGGGCACUAGCUGGGUCACGGGACUGGGGGUGCCCUGCUCACCCUCCAUGGGCAAAGCCCAGCCCUUCUGCCACGUGGCUGUGCCCUUGGCACCCAGACCAGGAAGGCGAGCACCUGCUCCUGCCCCGGCCCCAGGGCAGCAACGAACACUAACGAGCCUUUCUAUUUAAUUGUUGUUCCUUUCUCAAACACUAUGCUGGAUCCUUGCCUCCGUGCACCCUGCUUCAAGGGCUAAGGCAGGCACUGGUGGGCAGGAGAAGGGGCCCGUGCCCAGGGACUUCCUUGUUUGUUUUUUACCAUGUACGUUGAACGGAAAGAAUAAAAGUCGGCGGUAGUAA